AUGACCGUCGAAUUUGAUCUCAAGUCAAUUUACGUUCAGAUUAUCAAGGGCAAAAGCGCCCCGACAAAGGUCACUCGACAUGGACUGAACCCGGCUACCUUGGAGGCUUUACCAGAGGUUCCAAUUGCGACACCAGAUGAUCUCGACAGUGCCGUUGAUGCCGCAAAAGCUGCUUAUAAGCUCUGGUCCACGACCCCGUAUGAGGAUCGGAAAAAGGCCGUAGUGGCUUAUGCCGAUGCUCUUGAUCAAUAUAAAGAUCAGUUCCGUGAUCUUUUGGUCGCCGAACAAGGAAAGCCAAUUCCGCAAGCAUCCCAGGAGACAGAAGCCGCCAUAUUAUGGAUUCGAAAAAUGGCCGAGCUCCCACUGCUGGAAGACGUGAUUGAAGAUGAUGAAACGAGGACUGUGAUAACGCGAUAUGUUCCUCUUGGUGUUGUCGGGGCUAUUGUGCCUUGGAACUUCCCAUUGCUUCUUGCGACUGGUAAAAUUGCACCCGCUCUACUGACUGGUAAUGUCAUUAUUGUCAAGCCUUCGCCUUUUACCCCGUACUGUGGCUUGAAACUUGUUGAAUUAGCCCAGAAAUUCUUCCCUCCAGGUGUCGUGCAAUCUUUGAGUGGCGAUGAUGACCUGGGACCUUGGCUCACAAGCCACCCUGGUAUUGACAAGAUCAGUUUUACUGGAUCCACUGCAACUGGAAAGAGAGUUUUGCAAAGUGCGAGUCGCACCCUCAAGCGUGUGACCCUUGAGCUUGGCGGGAAUGAUCCAGCCAUUGUGUUCCCGGACGUGGAUAUCGAGAAAGUCGCAGAGAAGGUUGCGUUCUUUGCAUUCCUAAACUCGGGCCAGAUAUGCCUUAAUUUGAAACGAAUUUAUGUCCACAGCUCUAUCUAUGAAAGAUUCAGGGAUGCCCUGGUCCGUCAGGUGAACGGCUAUACUAUUGGUGAUGGCUCGCAACCUGGAAUCAGUCACGGGCCUCUCCAGAACACAAUGCAAUACUCACGCGUCAAGACCUUCUUUGAUGAUAUCGAAAAGCAGGGCUGGAAGGUUGCCACUGGGGGUAAGAUCGAGGCCUCGAAUGGAUACAUGAUCGCACCCACCAUCAUCGACCGGCCACCUGAGGAUUCCCGUAUCGUGGUAGAAGAGCCAUUCGGUCCGAUUGUUCCACUUCUAUCAUGGGAUGAUGAGGCUGAUGUUAUCGAGCGUGCUAAUAAUACCACGAUGGGGCUGGGUGCUUCGAUCUGGACUGCCGAUCUGGAUCGUGCUGCGAGGGUUGCGCGCCAAAUUCAAGCUGGAAAUGUUUGGACUAACGAUCACUUCAGUUUGAGUCCCACUGCUCCUUUCGGUGGUCAUAAGGAGAGCGGUAUCGGUGUUGAGUGGGGUCUCAAUGGGCUGAAAGCCUUUUGCAAUUCCCAAACCCUCUUCUUGAAAAAAGGGCCUUAA